UGUGGCGGUGUCGCUGCAGCUCGGCCCGCGUUGGUGGGAGUACCCCCUGCACAGGUCCCUUUUGCAGUGCAGCUCCAGUAGUUGGAGUUGCUGUACACCGGAGCACGAGAGGGAGAGGAGCGCAGCAGAUGAGUGAGCGACCAGAGGUAGAGACCAUUAGGGUUAUCUUUUGAGACUAUCGCACAGAGACCUGUCACUUUUACGCUUCGUGCCGAGUCUACUUGAAGAGAACCGCAGCAGGAGCAGCGGCAGCAGCAGCAGCCCUGGUCCGGUCUGGUGUGCUCGAGCAGCCGCCUGUGAAAAACUCCCAAACGCGGUCGUCUCAGCUGGCAUGAGCUAACCUACCAGACAGACAUGGAAACCAAACCGUUCCUGUCAUUGGGGUUCCUGAAGCCCCAGUGCUCGUUGGCUCCUCCCAUGCAGCGAGGCCGCUCGGGCGAGGCUUGUUCCUGUUUCAGCGGCAUGUGUCCCCUCCAUCAGCGCCGCCUAUCCUCAGACUCGUCGGGGCACUUGACGUCCUCGCCCCUGGGCUCACCCACAUCCCACCGGGGAAUGCACCCGUCUCUGCUCAGUCCGACGUCCAUGGGGCCCUCCGGCUCUCUUCACUCUCCCAUCAGCACGCUGAGUUCGCCCAUGAACGGCCUGGCCUCCCCCUUCUCCGUCAUCAGCUCGCCCAUGGGUCCCCACUCCAUGAACUCGCCCGGCAUGGGCUACGGCCCCAGCGUCAGCCCCCAGAUGUUCCAGCUGAACUCUCCGAUGAACUCGGUCAGCAGCACGGAGGACAUUAAGCCCCCGCUGGGCCUCAACGGUGUGAUGAAGGUGCCCGCCCAGCCCUCAGGCACCAUCCUGUCGCUCACCAAACACAUCUGCGCCAUCUGUGGUGACCGCUCCUCAGGUAAACACUAUGGAGUAUACAGCUGUGAGGGCUGCAAAGGUUUUUUCAAAAGGACGGUCCGCAAAGACCUGAGCUACACCUGUCGCGACAACAAGGACUGUGUCAUUGACAAGCGCCAGAGGAAUCGCUGCCAGUACUGCCGCUACCAGAAGUGUUUAGCCAUGGGCAUGAAGAGAGAAGUUUUGUUACAUGCAGCCGUUCAGGAGGAGCGCCAGCGAGCCAAGGAGAGGAAUGAGAAUGAGGUGGAGUCCACCAGCUGCGCCAACGAGGAUAUGCCUGUGGAGAAGAUUCUGGAGGCGGAGCAGGCGGUGGAACCCAAAACCGAGACGUACAUAGAGACCAACCUCGGGGUGCCAUCCAACUCGCCCAACGACCCAGUGACAAAUAUCUGUCAGGCGGCUGACAAACAGCUCUUUACUUUGGUGGAGUGGGCCAAGAGGAUCCCCCACUUCUCUGAGCUGCCACUGGACGACCAGGUCAUCCUUCUACGAGCAGGUUGGAAUGAACUUCUCAUCGCAUCAUUUUCGCACCGUUCGAUAACUAUUAAAGACGGGAUCCUGUUGGCGACCGGGCUGCACGUCCACCGCAACAGCGCCCAUAGUGCUGGAGUGGGAGCCAUCUUUGACAGAGUGCUCACAGAACUGGUGUCAAAGAUGAGGGACAUGCAGAUGGAUAAGACAGAACUGGGGUGCCUUCGAGCUAUAGUCCUAUUCAACCCAGACUCUAAAGGUCUGUCCAAUCCAGGUGAGGUAGAAGCUCUGAGAGAAAAAGUGUACGCGUCUUUAGAGGCCUACUGCAAACAGAAGUACCCCGACCAGCCUGGCAGAUUUGCCAAACUGUUGCUGCGGUUACCAGCGCUGCGCUCCAUCGGCCUCAAGUGUCUGGAGCACUUGUUCUUCUUCAAGCUCAUCGGCGACACGCCCAUCGACACCUUCCUCAUGGAGAUGCUAGAAGCCCCCCAUCAAAUGACAUAAUAGCAGAGCUAACAUCUCCCACCAGCCCUGGAUUAGGAACGGAGUCCUUUUUUAAGAAAAAAGAAGAAAAAAAAAACAAAAAAACAUCCGUCUCCAGCUAAGGGACAGAUGACGUGACGACUUUGGAUGGAGAACUCCUCCCUUCCUCCUGUCCCUCCCUCUAGCCCUUCUCCCUUUUGAUGUGUUUCCAAACAAUGAAUUCAUCAUGCCUAUGGGUCUGUUUAAUACCUUGUAAAAAUUAUAUAAAUAAGGAAUAUAUAUAUAUUAUAAAUAUAUAUAGAUGAAAAUCACACGGCAACAUGAGUGACAACCGUGGACUUAAAAUAAGUUAGGACAGAAGACGAAAGAAACGUAUUGAGCCAUCGUUUUCAUCCUUGCUUUUUUUUCCUGCACCUUGACAAGAAAAAGCAGAGCUAGUCGGGUCUGAAACGCCCUCAGCUUUGCUUACAGGUAUUUUGGAGGAAAAAAAAAAAAAAAAAGCAGGUGAUGUCAUAUUUGGACACUCAGCGUUGUGAUCAGGACAAUCGUGGACUGGGAGAGCCUCUGACCCACCCCCACCCCUCUCUCUCUCUUUUUCUCUUUCAGGACUGGACUUCACUAUCAGGGGAAGGGGGGGGAGGUGCUCCUGCCAGGACUCUAAUGAACACGUCAGGUCUUGCACUAGCUGUGAGCUUUCUGGAGUAGAACUCCGAGGUGGGUUAACAGGACUGCAAGUGCUCAAAAAAACCUCAGGUCUCUGCCCCAAUAUCCAACCCAUCCGAAACCAUGUCUUACUCUGUCAGCACUGUGCAACACCGCGGAGGACACGGCCUGUCAGUUCACCAAUCAGCCCUUCGCUUUAUGUUAACUGAUUGGACGAGAGUCGGGAGAGCUUGUUAAGUACAAUCUGUGCGGUCCUUCUGCACGCAGGAAGAUGGCAGGCUGUUGUAAAUGAGCCCCGCGUUAGCCGUGUGCUACAUCCAUGAUGCUCUAAAAGGCUACCAGCAGGCGCAGGAACAACUGUUGUCAUCCUUAUUUUCCAGCAUUUGGGCCUUACAGGUGAUCACGGCAAACUGGGCCGGCUGCAAAGCGAGCGCACGGUCGUCUUUGGGGCUUUAUCGUGGCUUCCCCCGGCCCUUCUUUUUUUUUUUCGUCCCUUCUCCAGCCUCUCUACAUCUCAUUUCCUGUGAAUUUCCGCACACCAUUUUACACCUCCACACUCAGAAAUCCCUUCUGGCUCCACGCACCGGGUAUUAGCUUUUUUUUUUUUUUUUUUUUUCGAAACACCUCAUAUCUACCUGUACAUAAAGUUACAACCGUAUACAGUAUUGACGUUAUUUUAUCAGCAGCAAUGCACAAUUACCUCUGUUUCCAUCCCUCCGACCGUCGGCUCUCGACACUCAUCGAACCAUUCACAGUAUGCGGGAGUCGUGCUUGUCGCUGCAGCAGAGCCAUUCUUUUUGUUUAUUUCUUUGUUACUUGGCACUUAACCUCAUGACAGCGGAGUCGGGUUCCUAAACGGAGAGCUGGUGUUGAUGUAAUGGACCUCCUGAGGUGGAAUUCGGGCCCAGGCCGGAUCAGGAACGCCCCGAUUGUUUUCCUCCUCAGAGGGACAGCCACACUCGCUCUCUCUGCACUUCUCUGGACAACCAAGGGUCAUUCAAGUCAAAGUGAAAUGUUCGAUAUCUCCAUGUUAUGUAUAAAUAUGCUUUAUGCCCAUUUUCUGCUUUUUUUUUUUUUUUUUCCCCUCUCGUUUCUCUAAAUGCUGCAGCUGCUGCAAAACUAUGCAUCGAGUGCAUUUCCAAAGAUCGUCCACACAGCGGGUGCCUGUUGGCUCAAACAGGUCGAGUGUUUGAGACGUGUGGGUUUGCUCGCUGUAUUACUUUCCUGGAGCGGAGAAAAUGCCUUCCUUAGGUUAUUUUCCCCACUAUUCAGACAUUUGAUAGUCAUUGUGUGGUGGUUUAGUUACCUAUCAGCCCUCAUCCGAAGAGGGGAGCACAGCAGAGUUCAGGGACAUGAGAGCGAUAGGAGAAGAGGACUAAAAGAGAAUGAAAUCAAUGCUCCAUCUGCCUAGUCACCUUGUUCUCUUUCAUAAGCACCUCGACUAUCUGGACCUGGAAG